AUGUAUGGUAAUAAAAUUACAUGUGACGUUGAACUGGAAGGUACUCAAAGUUUCAAUGACUACAUUCGACAAAAUUCUGAAUCUAUUAAUUUUUUAAGUAUAUUCAGCUCACCCAAUAUGCCACCAAAAAAGAGUGCACAAAAUGAAACAACAUUGGCGAGGUUAGUGAAAGAGUUACUCAGCGAUUACGAACAAAGAGCUAAUUAUUAUAAAACGACAGUGUGUAACUCAGUCAAAUUAUGUUUUAGAAAAGCUGUAGAAGAAGAUCAUCCUGUAACAAGACUUCUAGUUGAUCCGCAAGAUCGUAAAACUGUUGAGUAUUGGAUUGACGACAAACUACGUGAUGUUUUCAGCAAUGUUGGCGGUGAUGAUAAAAAAAGAACCACACAAAAAAAGAACAUUAACAAAAAGCAGUUGAAAGAAGAUAAACCACUGGUAAAACUUUUACCACUGAUUGAAACGAUACGAGCAAAAAGGUAUACAACAGUACAAGAAAUAUUAAUAUGGGAUUGUUAUAUUGAAAAUGAUGAUAUGGUUGCAUUAACUGGUUUGUUCAAUAAAGAAUGUUAUCUUAUUACACGUAUUGAAUUAAUCGACUGUUUUCUUGACACGGAAUGCAUUCGAUUGUUAGUGGCUAAUAUUGCUAUCUCUAAAAUACUACGUGAAUUAUCCUUGGAUUUUAAUGAAAUUGGUGAACAAGGUUGUUGUAUAUUAUGUGAUGGUUUAGUUAGAAAUCAAUAUCUUACUUAUUUAAGCCUAAGAUUUUGUGGUCUGACUAAACAAUGUGGUUUGUGGCUUGGAAAUGUAAUUGCAGAAACAGCUAUAAGAGAGCUUAUUCUUGACGGGAAUUCUUUAGAAGCUGAAGGAACUAUAGCUUUAAUUAGUAGAAUUUCUGAUGCUGCAGAGAAAGAAGGAUUUGAACGUACUGAAGAGAUAAGAAGAAAAAAAUUAGUUGCAGAGGAAUCUAAAAGUCGAGGUCGAGCGAAAGUGAAGGACUUAAAUGUUCUAGAAGCGGAUCAUGAUGAUAUUAUCGAUCUAGCAACCCCUACAUCAAUAAAGAAAACCUCUGCAAAAAGUGAUAAGAAUAAAUCAUCUAAAAGACGAAAACGUGGUAGAAAGAAUAAAAGCAAGCCAUUAUUUCCUCCUUCUGGUCCACAAAUAGCAGUUUUGAAAUUAGCCGAUAAUGAAAUUAAUCAUUAUGGUCAAGAAGGAAAUUUUAAUACAGUUAGAUGUAUGCAAUUAUUAAAAAGUAUCAUUUCACAUAGUAAGGAUUUGCAAGAAGUUGAUUUGUUUGCUAAUGAUAUUGGUGAUCUUGCUGCUAGACAAAUUUUAGAAGGGAUACUGUGUCGUAAAGAUGCUAAAUUACCACAAAUCGGUGUACGUUUAGGUCACCGUAUUAAUCAAGACACAUUUGAUAUGGUACGUAAAUUAGCAUCCGGUCCAAAGAAGAAAAAGGUUAGAGGAAAAAAAAGAAAGUAG